AUGCUGUCGCGUCCCCGUAUAGAUGGGCGCAAGAUCCCGCCAACGGCGUUGCGGCGCCCAGGCGAGUACCUUGAGGAUAGCAAGGCAGCAGUGGACGAUAUUUGCGGCCCUGUGAUGCCGCAGUGCAUCGAUGGCGGCAUUCUCGGGGACAAGUGGCUCAUGUGCGCAGCGUCGAUCCUCUCGGAGGAUGAGGCACGCGUCAAGGAGAUGUUCGCAGAAGGGAAGCCGGAGGAAAAGCGGCUCGGCGCGUACCGUGUGUCAAUCAACAAAAACGGGUGGUGGAACACUGUCCUUUUAGAUGACUUCCUGCCAAGCGUCAACGGUGUGCCGUGUUACGCGCGCGUGCUCGAUAACCCGGCGGAGCUGUGGGUCUCGCUGCUGCAGAAGGCGUACGCGAAGGUGCACAACUCGUACGCCAGCAUCACCGGUGGCGACUCGGCGCUGGCGCUGCGUGACUUCACCGGCGCCCCGUCGCACCGCUUCGACGCGGCGUGGGUGAGCGCGACGCGGGACGGGAAGGGCGCGGACGCGAUGCUGGACAAGCUCGAGCGCUACACCGAGGCGGGCAACAUUGUG